CCAGCCACCUGACCCAAAUACACCACCUGAACCCACGACCAGGUAUGCCCACACCCCAUGGGUGGCCUUAACACACACACCCUGCCCCUUUCUCCAAGUACAGGAGCAGCAGCCCAGACUUCCCUCAGGGCACCGCGGCCUGCUUGGGACUGCACAGUGCCUGGGAGGGUGCCUGGGGAGGGUCACAAGGGACUUGGUGCUAGAAGCAGGAAAAGUGUAGGGACCGGAAAAGCCCCCGUGCAUCCUGGAAGGGACAUGGGCCAGUUUGAGCAGGGGUGUGGGAGUCCAGCCCUGGCCUUGCCAGGUGGAGAGGCGCCUGGGCCAGACAUCCGCGGCAGGAGGCGGGGGAACACGCCAAGAGGCGGAAGGGGCACGCGGAGACCCCCAGGGGGCGCCGGAAGGGGCGCGCCGGGCGGUCGGCGGCGGCCGUUGGCGAGCUGAGGCCUGCCAGGCGAAGUCUGGAGACCAGCCGGGCCGCGGCCGCAAUGGCCAAGGACUCGCCCAGCCCCUUGGGCGCGUCGCCCAAGAAGCCGGGCUGCUCCAGCCCGCCGGCGGCAGUGCUGGAGAACCAGAGGCGGGAGCUGGAGAAGCUACGGGCGGAGCUGGAGGCGGAGCGGGCAGGCUGGCGGGCGGAACGGCGGCGCUUCGCUGCCCGGGAGCGCCAGCUGCGUGAGGAGGCCGAGCGGGAGCGGCGGCAGCUGGCUGACCAUCUGCGCUCCAAGUGGGAGGCACAGCGCAGCCGGGAGUUGCGGCAGCUGCAAGAGGAGAUGCAGCGGGAACGCGAGGCCGAGAUCCGGCAGCUGCUGCGCUGGAAGGAGGCCGAGCAGCGGCAGCUGCAGCAGCUGCUGCAGCGGGAGCGCGAUGGCGUGGUGCGCCAAGCCCGGGAGCUGCAGCGCCAGCUGGCCGAGGAGCUGGUGAACCGCGGCCACUGUAGCCGCCCGGGGGCGUCCGAGGUUUCCGCGGCGCAGUGCCGCUGUCGCCUGCAGGAAGUGUUGGCGCAGCUUCGCUGGCAGACUGACGGCGAGCAGGCGGCGCGCAUCCGCUAUCUGCAGGCGGCGCUGGAGGUGGGGCGCCAGCUCUUCCUCAAGUACAUCCUGGCGCACUUCCGCGGGCACCCGGCUUUGUCGGGAUCACCGGACCCCCAAGCUGUGCAUUCCUUGGAAGAACCGCUGCCCCAGACCUCCAGCGGCUCUUGCCACGCCCCCAAACCCGCCUGUCAACUCGGAUCUCUAGACAGCCUGAGUGCUGAAGUCGGUGUGCGCUCCCGCUCGCCAGACCUGGUGUCCUCUGCGUGCUCCAGCUCCCCAGACGGCCUGCUCUCCACGCACGCCAGCUCCCUUGAUUGCUUCGCACCUGCGUGUUCCCGCUCGCUUGACAGCACCCGGAGCCUCCCCAAGGCCUCCAAAUCCGAGGAGCGGCCCUCCUCACCAGACACCUCCACCCCUGGCUCCCGGAGGCUCUCGCCGCCACCAUCGCCACUCCCGCCGCCACCACCACCAUCAGCCCACAGGAAACUCAGCAACCCGCGGGGAGGAGAAGGCUCUGAGAGCCAGCCCUGCGAAGUCCUGACUCCCUCACCCCCGGGCCUGGGCCACCAAGAGCUGAUAAAGCGGAACUGGCUGCUGGCCAAGGCGUUGUGGGUGCUGGCGCGCCGCUGUUAUACCCUGCAAGAGGAGAACAAGCAGCUGCGGCGUGCAGGCUGCCCCUACCAGGCAGACGAGAAGGUGAAGCGGCUCAAGGUAAAGCGCGCGGAGCUGACCGGGCUCGCGCGGCGCCUAGCUGACCGCGCCCGCAAGCUGCAGGAGACCAACCUCCGGGCCGUGAGCGCGCCUAUACCCGGCGAGAGUUGCGCCGGCCUGGAGCUAUGCCAAGUCUUUGCCCGCCAGCGCGCUCGGGACCUGUCGGAGCAGGCGAGCGCGCCGCUGGCCAAGGACAAGCAGAUCGAAGAGCUGCGGCAGGAGUGCCACCUCCUGCAGGCGCGUGUUGCCUCGGGUCCCUGCAGCGACCUGCAUACUGGAAGGGGCGGCCUCUGCACCCAGUGGCUCAACGUCAGAGACUUAGACCGCCUGCAGCGCGAGUCCCAGCGGGAAGUGCUGCGCCUGCAGAGGCAGUUGAUGCUUCAGCAGGGCAACGGCUUCAGCAGGCCGCCGCCUGAGGCUGGCGGCCAGAGCGCAACCUGCGAGGAGGUGCGACGGCAGAUGCUGGCGCUGGAGCGCGAGCUGGACCAGCGGCGGCGCGAGUGCCAGGAGCUGGGCGCGCAGGCGGCCCCGGCGCGGCGACGUGGCGAGGAGGCCGAGACACAGCUGCAGGCGGCGCUGCUCAAAAACGCCUGGCUGGCGGAGGAGAAUGGGCGGCUGCAGGCCAAGACCGACUGGGUGCGGAAGGUGGAGGCUGAGAAUAGCGAAGUGCGCGGCCACCUGGGCCGCGCGUGUCAAGAGCGCGAUGCCUCCGGCUUGAUCGCCGAACAGCUGCUGCAGCAGGCGGCGCGCGGGCAGGACAGGCAGCAGCAGCUGCAACGCGACCCGCAGAAGGCCCUGUGUGACCUCCAUGCUUCCUGGAAGGAGAUACAGGCGCUCCAGUGUCAGCCUGGUCACCCUCCUGAACAGCCCUGGGAGACCAGUCAAAUGCCGGAGUCCCAAGUUAAAGGUAGCAGAAGGCCUAAGUUCCAGGCACGGCCUGAAGACUACGCAGUGUCACAGCCCAACAGAGACAUACAGGAGAAAAGGGAAGCCUCCCUCGAGGAGAGCCCAGUUGCCCUUGGGGAGUCAGCCAGUGUCCCCCAAGUUUCAGAGACAGUCCCUGCCAGCCAACCUCUGUCCAAGAAAACCAGCUCCCAGUCAAACUCCUCCUCUGAGGGGUCGAUGUGGGCCACCGUGCCAUCCUGCCCUACUCUGGACAGGGACACAGCCAGUGAGGUGGAUGACCUGGAGCCUGACAGCGUGUCCCUGGCCCUGGAAAUGGGGGACUCGGCGGCUCCUGCUGCCCCCAAACUCAAGAUCUUCAUGGCUCAGUAUAACUACAACCCAUUUGAGGGGCCCAGUGAUCACCCUGAGGGUGAGCUGCCCCUCACAGCUGGGGACUACAUAUAUAUCUUCGGGGACAUGGAUGAGGAUGGCUUCUAUGAGGGGGAGCUUGAGGAUGGCCGGCGGGGGCUGGUGCCCUCCAACUUCGUGGAGCAGAUUCCGGACAGCUACAUCCCAGGCUGCCUGCCUGCCAAAUGCCCUGAUCUUGGCCCCAAUCAACUCCCAGCGGGGCAGGAUGAAGCUCUGGAGGAAGACAGCUUAUUAUCUGGGAAAGCCCAGGGAGUGGUGGACAGAGGGCUGUGCCAGAUGGUCAGGGUGGGCUCCAAGACAGAAGUAGCAACAGAGAUCCUGGAUACCAACAUGGAAGCCUGCCAGCUGGGCUUGCUGCAGAGCAUGGGGAAGCAGGGCCUCUCCAGACCCCUUCUGGGGACCAAAGGGGUGCUCCGUAUGGCUCCCAUGCAGCUACACCUGCAGAAUGUCACAGCCACAUCAGCCAACAUCACCUGGGUCUACAGCAGCCACCGCCACCCCCAUGUGGUAUAUCUUGAUGACCGAGAGCAUGCCCUGACCCCAGCGGGCGUGAGCUGCUACACCUUCCAGGGCCUGUGCCCCGGCACGCACUACCGGGCGCGGGUGGAGGUGCGGCUGCCAUGGGACUUGCUGCAGGUGUAUUGGGGAACUAUGUCCUCCACCAUGACCUUCGACACACUCUUGGCAGGACCUCCCCACCCACCGCUGGAUGUGCUGGUGGAGCGCCAUGCCUCGCCAGGUGUCCUGGUGGUCAGCUGGCUCCCUGUGACCAUUGACUCAGCUGGGUCCUCCAAUGGAGUCCAGGUCACCGGUUAUGCUGUGUAUGCAGAUGGGCUUAAGGUUUGUGAGGUCGCCGAUGCCACUGCUGGGAGCACCCUAUUGGAAUUCUCCCAGCUACAGGUGCCCCUCACGUGGCAGAAGGUCUCAGUGAGAACCAUGUCACUCUGUGGUGAGUCCCUGGAUUCAGUGCCGGCUCAGAUCCCCGACGACUUCUUCAUGUGUCACCGAUGGCCAGAGACUCCACCCUUUAGCUACACUUGUGGCGACCCAUCCACCUACAGAGUCACCUUCCCCGUCUGCCCCCAGAAGCUGGCACUGGCUCCUCUGAGUGCCAAGGCCAGCCCCCACAACCCUGGAAGCUGCGGGGAGCCCCAGGCCAAGUUCCUAGAAGCAUUCUUUGAAGAACCCCCAAGGAGGCAAUCCCCAGUGUCCAACCUGGGCUCAGAAGGAGAAUGUCCGAGUUCAGGGGCUGGCAGCCAAGCCCAGGAGCUUGCAGAGGCCUGGGAGGGCUGUAGAAAGGACCUGCUCUUUCAGAAGAGUCCCCAUAACCACAGGCCACCUUCGGUCAGUGACCAGCCUGGGGAGAAGGAAAAUUGCUACCAGCACAUGGGCACCAGCAAAAGCCCUGCUCCAGGAUUCAUCCAUCUACGCACCGAGUGUGGGCCCAGGAAAGAAGCGUGUCAGGAAAAGGCUGCCCUUGAGAGGGUACUUCGGCAAAAGCAAGAUGCCCAAGGGUUCACACCUCCCCAGCUGGGCGCCAGCCAACAGUAUGCAUCUGACUUCCAUAACAUUUUGAAGGAGGAGCAGGAGGCACUGUGCUUGGAUCUGUGGGGCACAGAGAGGCGAGAGGAGAGGAGGGAGCCUGAGCCCCACAGCAGGCAAGGACAAGCUCUGGGGGUCAAGAGAGAGUGCCAGCUCCAUGAGCCCAGCUCGGCACUGUGUCCAGCUCCAUCCGCCAAAGUCAUCAAGAUGCCCAGGGGUGGCCCCCAACAGCUGGGGACGGGGGCCAACACUCCAGCCAGGGUCUUUGUGGCCCUCUCUGAUUACAACCCCCUGGUGAUGUCUGCCAACCUCAAGGCUGCAGAGGAGGAGCUGGUCUUCCAGAAAAGGCAGUUGCUAAGAGUGUGGGGCUCUCAGGACACCCAUGAUUUCUACCUCAGCGAGUGCAACAGGCAAGUGGGCAAUAUCCCUGGGCGCCUAGUGGCUGAAAUGGAGGUGGGGACAGAGCAGACUGAUAGGAGGUGGCGUUCUCUGGCCCAAGGGCACCCGCCUUCUGUGGCCCACCUCGAGGACUUUCAGGGGCUCACCAACCCCCAGGGUUCCUGCCUGGUGCUCCAGGGGAACUCCAAGAGACUCCCACUGUGGACUUCAAAGAUCAUGAUAGCAGCUCUGGACUAUGAUCCUGGGGAUGGGCAAAUGGGGGGCCAGGGGAAGGGCAGGCUGGCGCUGAGGGCAGGAGACGUGGUCAUGGUUUACGGGCCCAUGGAUGACCAAGGAUUCUAUUAUGGAGAGUUGGGCGGCCACAGGGGCCUGGUUCCUGCCCACCUGCUGGAUCACAUGUCCCUCCAUGGACACUGAGCAAGCCAGGUAGUGGCCUCUGGCUGCUCACACCCUGCCAGAGGAGAAGCAAGCGUUCAGACCCUCACACCAGCACCCCUCCUCACCACCAUAAGUAGCAUGUGCUCCAAGUGCCACUGUCUUAAACUGAUGAUAGUCCUUAAGCGUCCCCUAGGCUCUGAAAGUAGCAGGACUUAAGCCUGAGUUAUUUGCAAAAGCAAACACAAUAAGCCAACCCCUGAGAGUCUGAGAAGUCAUUUCAAAGUUGCUGAUAACUAUGGCAGGUAUAUGGAGAAGCGCCUUUUUCUGUGGCCAAUGUGUGUUUUGUCUAGGCGGUUAAGGUUAUCUAUCCAUUGCCUUGUACGAAAGUCUCAAGAAAAGUCUACAUCUUAAAAAAAAAAAAAGCAUUCUGAAUGUUAUUUUUGGGAUGUGAGGGUGAUCUGGCUGCGACAUGUGUCACCCCAUUGAUCAUCAGGGUUGAUUCGGCUGAUCUGGCUGACUAGGCGGGUAUCCCCUUCCUCCCUCACCACUCCAUGUGCGUCCCUCCAGAAGCUGUGUGCUCAAUGAAAGAGGAUGACCAUCCCCGAUAGAGGACGAUCGGUCUUCAGUCAAGAGUAUAAGAGUAGCUGCGCUCCCCUGCUAGAACCUCCAAACGAGCUCUCAGAAUGUUAUUUUUCUGUCUUAUGUCCAACCCCUCAUUAAAAUGUUCAUAGA